UCCCGGCGCUGGGCUGCCUGCCGGGUCCCCGCGGGCGCUGCGGGGCUGCGGAUCGGGAUGAGCGGCGGCACGGCGGCGGCGGGGCUGGCGGCGGGGGCGCUGGAGCUGGAGCGGGCGCUGCGCUGCUGCACGGCCGCCUCGGUGGUGACGGACGGCGGGCAGCCCCCCGCGCCGCCCGACGAGCGCAGCCUCUACAUCGUGCGCGUGGUGCAGAUCGCCGUCAUGUGCGUCCUCGCCCUCACCGUCGUCUUCGGCAUCUUCUUCCUCGGCUGCAACCUCCUCAUCAAGUCCGAAGGGAUGAUUAACUUUCUGGUCAAGGACCGGCGCCCGUCCAAAGAGGUGGAGGCGGUGGUGGUGGGACCGUACUGAGCGCCCGGCGCCUCCGCGCCGCCGCCGCGGGGCCGGUUCUGCCCCCGCCGGCCGAGAGCGAGCCGCGACGCGCCCGAGUAAAACCUGCUCUGAUGGCAACAGCUGUCCUGUCCUCGUACGGGAGGUGCUCCAGCCCUCGGAUCAUCUCUGUGGCUUCCUUGUGACAUCCUCCAACAGCUCCGUGCCCUUCCAGUGCUGAGGACUCGGAUCUGAACAGGGAAAGCUCACCGGCGGGUCUGCAGCGCCCGAGCUCUGGGCGAAGGCGGAUCACCCAUGGGCUUCAGCCCCCCGGUGCUGCUGGGCUGCUGCUGCUCCGGGCUCUGCAUCCCCAGCACCUCCUGGGGGAUCCCCCAGGGCACCGCUCUCCAGGCUUCUUCCCUCAGUCCGGCCAGAGCCACCGCACCAUCCCAUAACCAGCAAACACGGAUGGCCGCUGCGGAGACUGUUUUUAGAGCUGUCCAGAGCACCUUUGUGUGAAGGCUUUGUUUUUCUCUUGUCCCAAACCUGCGUACGUGCUUGAAUGCAAAACUUUAACAGCACCAUCUUCUCCCUUCCCUCCUUCUCUGAAUAUAAAUCCAAGCCAAGCGAUAUUGGUGACCACACAGUUCCUCCUCUCUGUAAUUUAUUUGUAGCAGGGUGCUUUCUUUUAUGGGACACCUUUAUUUUUUAAUGCCAAAAAUUAGAUGUCAUUUAUCACUGGGGAGCAGACACAGUCACUGAGGAGAGAAACCAAAGGAAGCUCCUCAGGACUCAGCGUAUCCAUCACUUUGGCCACCAGCAGCUUGGGACCUAUUCCGCCGUUACAGAACGUAUUUUUAGCACAUGGAAAAACAGUGUCAUGAGCACAUGAUAUGAAAAACAUACAAAGCAAUAUAUCACUUUUAUGUCCUAUAGUCCAUCAUAAUCAGGUUAGGAUGUUUUUUUCCCCCCAACUUCCUUCUAUUUUGGAAGCCUCUCCAGGGAGGUAGGCUGUAGGAACGGAAUGGCCCAUCAAACCCACAGUGGCUGUACGCAAAGCCAUCCGCCACGUUGAAGGAGAUAGAGCGGCACAGCACCAGGAUGAAGAAGGAGGACUGGAGACAAAGGAGAAGGUGGUGGUGGGACCUUGCAAAGGCAGGGGAGUUGCUGCCCACCAACGCUGCCCUGGGUGAUGGUGUGCAGCACCGUGCCCUCUGCGCAGGGCAAAUUCUCUUUCUUUUCUUUCGUUUUAGCUACUUUAAUUUCCUGUGUGUCGCAGCAAAUGCAGGCAGAAGAAAACAAAACCACCCUUUUGAGCAGAGAUCUCACAUGGGAUUCAAAGAAAGGAGCAGGCCACUUACUUUAAGCGAUAAUACAGUGGGGACAUAAAAGCAGAAGAGAUGACCCUCACUACCUUGCCGGGAAAGUGAGGUCUGAGUUCUUCCCCAGCUCUGGACAAUAGAAUUGUAGAAUCAUGGAAUGGUUUGGGUCAGAAGGGACCUCAAAGCCCAUGCAGUCCCACCCCUGCCAUGGGCAGGGACACCUCCCACUGGCUCAGGGGCUCCAAGCCCCAUCCAACCUGGCCUGGAACCCCUCCAGGGAUGGGGCAGCCCCCACUGCUCUGGGCACCCUGGGCCAGGGCCUCCCCACCUGAACAGCAAAACAUUUCUCCCUAAGAUCUCAUCUCAAUCUCCCCUCUUUCAGCUGAAAA